UGAUAAACAAGUACACGCCUUCAUUAGCAUAUUAAAUAUGAAAAUUUUGCACUAGAAAGCGUCUCAAAAUCAUUGUUAAUCUCAUAUGAUCGUCAUUCUUUUAAAGGCCGCAAAAAUUUGGCUGCUUCUUCAGAAAAGAAGCAGUUGAAAGGAUUGUGGCAGUGGCAGCCUGACAAAGAGUCCAAGAAAAUGAGAGGAAAGCCAAUCAAUUCAGGAAAAGCCAUUAUUGUGCUGUGCAUUGCAAGCUUCAUCGCUGGUUCUCUGUUUACUAGUAGAACAGGGACUCAUCCUUCUCCUUCACAGGCUAAAGAUCGUCAGAAUGUUCCUCUCAUUUCUCAUUAUGUGAACAAGCUGCAGGAAGUGAAACGAGAUUGCGAUCACAAGCGUAAAUUUGCUGAAGGAAAACCUGGAGAUAUCAUGGGAGAAGUUAAGAAAACCCAUAAAGCUAUCAAGUCACUGGAGAAUACAAUUUCUGCGUUGGAAAUGGAAUUAACAGCGGCUCGAACAAGCCGAUCAAGUGGCCAGCUUUCACUAGAAAGACCCACCAAUCGAUCUCUGCAAAAGGCAUUUGUUGUGAUUGGAAUAAACACCGCAUUCAGCAGCAGCAAACGCCGAGACUCAGUUCGAGAAACUUGGAUGCCAAAAGGGGAUAAAUUGAAGGAAUUGGAGAAAGAGAAAGGGAUUGUGAUAAGGUUUGUGAUUGGACACAGUGCAACACCAGGUGGGGUUCUUGAUCAAGCGUUGGAUUCAGAAGAAGCAGAGCACAAAGACUUUCUUAGGCUGAAACACGUAGAGGGUUACCACCAGCUCUCCACCAAGACCAGAUUAUACUUCUCCACUGCGGUUUCCAUUUGGGACGCCAAUUUCUACAUGAAGGUAGACGAUGAUGUUCAUGUCAAUUUAGGUAUGCUAACCACCACUCUCGCUAAACACAGAUCCAAGCCUAGGAUCUAUAUCGGCUGCAUGAAGUCUGGUCCAGUUCUCUCUCAAAAAGGGGUUAAAUAUCAUGAGCCAGAGUUCUGGAAGUUUGGCGAAGAAGGGAACAAAUACUUCAGACAUGCAACUGGCCAAAUCUAUGCCAUUUCCAAGGACCUUGCUACCUAUAUCUCCAUUAACUCUCCGAUAUUGCAUAGAUAUGCCAAUGAAGAUGUUUCUUUGGGGUCAUGGUUCAUUGGAUUGGAAGUUGAACAUGUGGAUGAGCGUUCCAUGUGUUGUGGAACCCCUCCAGAUUGUGAAUGGAAGGCCCAAGCAGGGAAGGUAUGCGUGGCAUCAUUCGACUGGUCAUGCAGUGGAAUAUGCAAAUCAGUGGAGAGAAUGAAACACGUGCACAGUUCUUGUGGGGAAGGAGAAGGCGGUGUUUGGAACGUUGACGUUUUAAGUUAAUUAAGUAGCAUUUACAAGC